AUGUCCAAGGCUCCUCGUGCCGGCCUCGUCCUCCAACCCGGCAGCCUCCACACGCAGUCGCUGGCGCCUGCUGCGCGCUCCUUCCACACCACCCUAACGCAAGCAGACGCCGAGUGCUGCCCCCCGCAGGCCCCUCGCCCGCAAGUUGCGCACCCCGUGGCGGCCACCGGCGAGUAUGAGCUGCGCGGCAGCUACGAGUCGUUGGGCGGGUUCGACAAGGUCUAUGUCACUGGCCCGGACGCGGCUGACCAUGCUAUCGUUGUCAUCUACGAUAUCUUCGGCUUCUGGGAGACAACGCAGCGUGGCUCCGACCUCUUGGUGUCCCACCUGCUCCUCACGUCCCCGCACAAGGCGUACAUGCCGGACGUGUUCCGCGGCCACCCCUUCCCUCCCGAGAAGGACGGCGACAAGGUUGAGCUGGGCAAGUUCUUCAACGGAACGGCCAAGAUCGAAGACCGUCUCCCCGAGGUCCUCAAGUUUGCCCAGUUCCUCAAGACUGAGCGCAAGUUCAAGACGGUCUCGAUCCUGGGAUACUGCUGGGGCGGCAAGAUCACCCUCCUGGCGCUGGGCUCGCCCAACUCGCCCUUCAGCUCUGGCGCGACCUGCCACCCGGCCAUGAUCGCCAACGGCGACGGCGACGCGCUUGCGCGCCCGCUCGCAUUCUAUCCGUCCAAGGACGAGCCGGCCGAUGUGGCCGCGUACAUCGAGCAGACGAUCAAGACCAAGCCGUUUGCAAGCCAGUGUGAUUUCCACCUGUACAACACUGUGCACCACGGAUGGGCCGCUGCUCGUGCCGACCUCAGCAACCCCGAGAACCGCAAACAGUUUGACGACGUGUACCAGCGUCUUGCCGACUUCUUUUCCAAGGUCGACAGGGCUUGA